AUGCCUCCCGGUGACUCGCUGCCAGAAAGCCUGAUACCUGGCCAUGGCGCGGUUCGCCCUUCCUUGAACACAUCGGGCUACACCGGCACCUACCAAUCUCAGACCCCAACUUCGCCGGCCGACAGUACCAUUCCGUUCGACUCUCCGCAGGCGAGACCAUCCCCAAGACAUCACAACGCGAAUAGCAAUGAUGGGAUGCAGGGUUCGGACGGCAGGUCCGCACGUCGACAGGAGAGAGACCCUUCCGUCCCACGCGAUCGCACCGGUCGUCCGGAUCAAUCUACACCUCGCGAUCGGUCUGCUCCUCGGGAUCGGUCUGCUCCUCGCGAUCGGUCUGCUCCUCGCGAUCGGUCUGCUCCUCGCGAUCGGUCUGCCCCUCGGGACCGUUCACGUCCCAACGGCCGUUCUCACACAAAAUCCCCUGGGAGCACUUCUCGCAUCUGCAAGAAAUGCGGCGAACCCUUGACCGGCCAGUUUGUUAGAGCGCUAGGAGGCACCUUUCAUCUCGAGUGUUUCAAGUGUGAGGAUUGUGGUCAAAUCGUUGCCUCCAAGUUUUUCCCCGUCGAUGCAGAAGAUGGGAACGGACAAUAUCCGCUGUGCGAGACGGAUUAUUUCAGACGACUCGGCCUCUUAUGUCACGAGUGUGGAGGCGCCCUUCGGGGCUCCUACAUCACAGCAUUGGAUCGGAAAUACCACAUAGAACAUUUCACUUGCUCCGUGUGUCCGACCAUCUUCGGCUCACAGGAUUCAUACUAUGAGCAUGAAGGAAAGGUUUAUUGCCAUUUCCACUAUUCGACCCAGUUUGCACAGCGUUGCCAUGGCUGCUACACGGCCAUAUUGAAGCAGUUUGUUGAGAUUUUUCGCAACGGGCAAAACCAACAUUGGCACCCCGAAUGCUAUAUGAUCCAUAAAUUUUGGAAUGUCCGCCUGGCUCCUUCGGGCCAGCCUCUGGAGCCUCCAGAGGCCAAGCAAGAUGCGACCGAUGAGGAGCGUGAGCAGAUUCGUCACGAGGAAGACACGAUGGAAGAAAAAGUCUACAAGAUUUGGAGCAUUUUGUCGGGCUUCGAAGAAUCCUCAGCAGCCUGUAUAUCAGACAUGCUCCUCCAUGUGAGCAACGGAGCCUACAUAGAUGGUGUUUUGGUGGCCAAGCGAUUCAUCGGCCAUGUCGAUAUCUUAUUCGCCGCGAUCGAUCAGCUGGCAACGCGCAUGAAAAGUGAGGGGGUGAAAGACCUUGCCUAUGGCCGUGAGGCCAAACUUCUAUGCAAGAAGAUCGUGGCCUUUUUCGCAUUGCUUUCCAAGACGCAGGAGACAGGUGUUCGGAAACUGGGGGUUACACAAGAGCUUCUGUCCCUUGUCACCGGCCUGGCUCAUUACUUGAAACUUCUCAUCCGCAUCGGGUUACAGGGUGCCUUGAAACUAGAAAGGGAACGAAAUGAACCAGAAGGGUUGCAUCAUUUCUUGGACCAUCUGGGAGAUCUUGAGUCUCUCCGCCCGGCCGAAGACGAAGCAUCACCCGAGAGCCUAAUGGCGGGCGUGGAAGGCCUUGCUGACCAGUUAUCUGACUGCUGUACGGCUUGCAAAGAGCCGAUCGACGACGAGUGCAUCAUUCUGGACGAACAGAGAUGGCACAUCAAACCGGCCCAUUUGGCCUGUGCCUUCUGCCAGAAGGAUAUGACCCAAGAUCUUCCGGAUGCUCUCUGGAGCGAGUCAGAUAAACGACCUUUCUGCAACAAUUGUGCGGUACAAAAAAAUCUUGCACCUCACGCUCGAUCCGGUUUUACUCUCGUCACGAAGCUCCAGCAAUUUGUAUUUUUGCUCAGGGUAGCCCUUGCUCGCCUUUUAGCUGUACUAAAAGCCGGAGGAUCUCUGCCUCACACAUCUGAUGAUCCUAAUCUAAAUGCGUAUGAGGCCAAUGACGGUCAUCGCAUUCCUCACCCCGGUGACCUCGGAAGGUCAAACACACGAUCACGGUCGUUUGCGCCCGGGUCGAGAGACGGCUUGGAAGAAUCGUCCCUGGAACAAACCGUUGGCGAAAUGCGCCGGCUCCGAUCCAUCCGUAACGAACGGACGCUGUCGACCACCUACAAGAAGGCCCGAGCGUCUCGCAUCAUUGACGGCCCUGAAGGGAGAAGUGUCAGACCUGGCUCCUCUGGUGGUGAAGGUACUGACCCCCGCGGGAACGGUUUCCAGAUCGUCGAAGAGAAGGACGCGAAUGGCGACACGGUCGCCGAGCUGACUUUUGGCAACCAAGAUGCCUUGACCCUAGAUGAUAUCCCACGCAUCGUUGCCGCCGAGCAAGCCAAGGAACAACGCCCCAACGCCUACCGACACGCAGGCACGAAGCUGGUUACCUCGGGUGAUCCCAUGCCCAAAUUCAACCAUGGACACCAACGCGGAGUGUCGGGUGGGAACUUUGACGCCCAUAUCAUGAUGGACCAAAGCGGAAGGAGCAAGAGAUAUUUCUCCGAGCUGUCUGCCCUCGAGUACUUCAUCGUCCGACACGUCGCUGUUCUGUCAAUGGAGCCGAUGCUGGAGGGCCAUUUCAACCUUGAGGAACUCCUCACGUUGAUAGAGUCACGGAAACCCACCAUCUGGAAUAUCUUUGGCAGGGCCUUCAACAAGGAAGGAAAGAAGGGUGGCAAGAAGAAAGGCGCUUUUGGAGUUAGCCUGGACUAUCUCGUCGAGAAGGAAGGGGCAGAGUCUACUCACGGCAUCGGCCCUGGUGCCCUUCGUAUCCCAGCGCUGAUCGACGAUGCGGUCUCUGCCAUGCGGCAGAUGGACAUGUCCGUGGAGGGCGUGUUCCGCAAGAACGGGAACAUUCGUCGUCUGAAGGAACUGGCGGAACUAAUAGACAACAAAUAUGAUCAGGUUGAUCUGAACAAGGAGACGCCAGUCCAGAUUGCCGCGCUGUUGAAAAAGUUCCUAAGGGAGAUGCCCGAUCCUUUACUGACCUUCAAGCUUCACCGUCUCUUUGUUGUUUCACAAAAAAUUUCUGAUCCCGAAAAGCAAAAACGCGUCUUGCAUCUCACAUGCUGUCUUCUUCCGAAAGCCCAUCGUGACACCAUGGAAGUAUUGUUCGCUUUCUUAAACUGGGCCUCGUCAUUCAGCCACAUCGAUGACGAGUCCGGAAGUAAGAUGGAUAUCCACAAUCUGGCAACUGUCAUCACACCCAACAUCCUCUACCCGAAUACCAAGAACAGCACAGUUGACGAGAGUUUCCUAGCCAUUGAAGCCGUCAAUGCGCUCAUCACCUACAAUGACUCUAUGUGCGAGAUUCCUGAAGAUUUGCAGUCGAUUCUGAACGACUCAAGUUUGUUCAAAGAAAAUGCCGAGGUCACCACCAAAGAGAUACUGCGGAGAUACGGCGAUAUUGCCCGUGGCAGCGUCUCACAGAGACCCGGUAAUAAUGGUGAAAUGGCCAUGAUCACGAGUUCAAGCCGCGGGAACAACACGCCAGCGUCAGCAGCCCGGAUCGAAAACGAUCCCUCCCAGGAUACGGCAUGGCAGAUGCAGAGCUCUGUACGCCAUGUUCAGAACUCAGGUGGCCACAGCCAUUCUGCCAGCAUUAAUCCUCCGCCCGGCAGCGGGAUGGAGAUCCCUGUACCUCAGCCGGUUCACUAUCGCGAACGCAGCGCCAGCAACAACAGUCAAGGAAACGAUGGCCAGUCCCAGCAGCUUCCUUAUAGAGCACGAGCCAAUCCAGGACCCAUGGGUGUUGCCGGGUAG